AUGGCCAAACCUCCUGAGAGUUUGGUUGAGCACUUUACAUGGGCUCGCCACGGUCUAGCAUGGUGCCAAGAGAAUGCAAAAUCCAAGUUGCUCUUGGAAUGCAUGGAUUUGACGGUGAGUAGCUGGUUCAGCGGCAUUGGCUCUGCAGAGGUUGCGCUUUCGAUGAUCAGUGAAGCUCGGAAGGGGAUCGGGGGUACAGGAUCCGCCUUUCAGGCUGCUUAUCAAUUUGAAAUCAACUCGCGAGCUAGGGCCAUUAGUGCAAUGAAUUUGCCAUAUUGCACCUGCCAGCAUGUGGACAUCUUGCGGCUGUUGAGUGCUGAGAAUAGGAAUGAGCUAGCGAAGAUCGAUCGUGACAUGACGGACAGAGAAGGGCCGACUUGGGAUUGUCUGCUGAAUGCCAAGCUGGACGACGCCGGACUAUGCUCGCGACAUCUUAUGAGGUGCAAGAUUCCAUCAACAAUGAUGGACAUUUCGGGGUCCAUGUGCGUGCAUUACAGCUCCAUGGGCAACUCCGAGAAAGAGAAUGGCAUCUCGAACAAACUUUUCCUCAUAUGGCUAAAGCAUCACGGCUUGAAGAGGACUCCGCUCCUGCUGCAUGAAAACGUGCAGAGCUUCCCCCUGGACUACUUGAAGGAGAGAGCAAGUCACUAUGGGUAUACUCACAUUGCCCGAAUUGAGACCAGUGGAUCUGAUGUCAACCUGAAUGCUGUAUCACGGAAGCCUGUUUGCCCAUUGAGGUAUGACAUCUUGGUACUUCCCGGAUAUUUCACGCAGGUCGAUGACCCUGCAGCGGUUUACAGAGCUUUGUCGCAGCACUUGCGAAGCAAAUUGCCUGGUGUGGGAAUGAACGAUGUAGUUUGGGUGGAAGAUCCACACACUCUGCGGCAAGAGCUCAGAUCUGCUGCCAAUUCCAAUUGCGGCCUGUCCUCCAGUGAGCUGGAGAAACUCCCUUUGGAUGAUUGGCGUCCAGCCUUGAGCAAGGACGAACAGGACAACUACAAGUGCUACCUUGCCAAGCUGGACAUGGAAGGCCCUGCCUGCGACCGCCCUCUCCGGGCAGUGUGCGUCCAACAAAACCCAGACGAGCGGUUUAUGGCCGGGAACGAACACUGCCUCCCGACAUUCACGAAAUCUUCCACAACGCGGGUCAUGCUAACAUCAAAAGACCGAUGGCUCUGUGGCGUUGAGAAGAUGGCUCUUCAUGGGUUUCCAGUUGAUCCCGCCCUAGCUGAAGCCAGUGGCCUGCCGCUUUUGAGCGUUCAGGGACACGCCGGCCUACACCAAUGCUGUGGGAAUGGGAUGAUUGUUGCCAACGUUGGAUUGGUAAUAGUGUCAGCGCUGGCAUCACUUUCUCCCGAAAAGAAAUUUCAGGAUGCUUUGGCAGAGUCUCACAAAGAGUGCGAAACGCUUGGUUUGCCAGAGACUUUGAAGUUCCAUGCUGGUUGGCAGAGAUGGCGUCUGGAUAUCGGAGGCCAAUCUCAUACGUUCGUAUCCAAGGAGGACGCUUUGGAGGCGCACAGGGUGGUCACCAACGCUCGUCAAGGUUUCAACACCAAGACCGUGAAGGAUUUGAACGUGAUUUUGACCAACGCUGGUGUCAAAGCGGAGAGGACUAAGCCAAAGGCGAUCGAAGCAGUUGUCCGGCACUCCUUCCGAACCUCUGGCAUUCCAUGCCAUUGUUGUUCAGCCAAG